CAACUCAAACCUCUUCAUCUCCAUCAACUGAGAACGCGUUUGAUAAUGAAUUAUUCGCAGUAAAGUUAUAAGCAAUUGAUACUGAAAUCUCUCUCCAUCUUCAGUUUUCUUCUCUGAGUCAUUCAGAAACCACUCAAAUAUACUUUCACUCACAAACCUCUCUGAAACCAGUUCCCUUGGUUUCUUGCGUACCCUAAAAUCUUCUUUAUUUCACCUAUUUUCCUUACUUUAUUUGAGUUUGCACCUUGGUUGUCGUGUUAUUAUCUGUGUUUCAGUUAUUUUCAUUUGCCUUGCUUCUCUACCGUUUUUCAAACUUGAAAAAAAGUUUUAAAAAAUGGUUGAUGUUGCCGGGAAUAUUGGGGGUGUGUUGAGUCCUGUUCUCGAAGUUGGCAAGUGGUUGGCUGCCCCCAUUUGGCAUCAAUUCAAGUAUUUGUACAACUACAAUACCAACUUCAAAAAUUUGGAAAAACAAGUCGAUAAGCUGAAGAAUACAAGAGAAGAAGUCCAGCGUAAGGUUAUUGCUGCUGAAAGAAACGUAGAAAAGAUCAGACAGAAUGUUAAGGACUGGCAGAAGGAUGUGGAGAAGACAAUUACAAAAGCAGAGCAAUUGAUUCAAGGGAAAGAAAAAAUCCCUGGAUGUUUCAAGGGAUUGUGCCCCAACUACAAACAAAGCAAGAGAGCUUUCAAAUUAAAGCGGGAUGACAUUGAUCCUCUCCUCAAGCAAGAAAAGGAAUUUGAUCAAGUUUCCUUUCCUACUAUUCAACAAGAUAUCUGGCUUAGAUCUAGUGAAGAUUAUUUGACGUUCGAAUCAAGAAACUCCACUGUGAAGCAUGUAUGGGACGCUUUAAAUGAUGACAAUGUGUACAUGAUUGGUGUUUAUGGGAUGGGUGGUAUUGGGAAGACCACUCUUGUGCAGGAGGUUGGCAGAAAAGCAGAGAAGGAUAAGCUAUUUGAGGACAUUGUUUUUGUUGAGGUAACACAAACUUUCGAUAUAAAAAGGGUUCAAACAGAAAUUGGAGACAAGCUAGGCGUAAAAUUCAGUAACGAGAGUGAAAGAGCAAAUAAGUUAUAUGAGAGAUUGAAGAGUGGUAAGAAGAUCCUUCUAAUUUUAGACAAUAUUUGGGAAAAUGUUGAUCUCAAGACUAUUGGUAUUCCUUCUAAAAUGGAUCGUGGAGGAUGUCAACUAAUGUUCACGACAAGAAACUUAGAUUUAUUGGAAAAGAUGGGUUCCACAAAUAAUUUCAAGAUGGGUAUUUUAGAAGAAGGUGAAGCAUGGAAUCUAUUCGUGAAGAUGGCAGGUGAUGUUAUUCAAACAUCUGAAUUGAAUUCUUUACCAAAUGAUGUAUGCAAGGAAUGCGGAGGGGUGCCCAUUGUGAUUUGUACUAUAGCAAAAACAUUAAAAUACAAGAGUCAUCCAUCUGUGUGGAAAGUGGCCUUGCAAGAAUUGAAAGCACUUUCAACAACUAAGAGUCACUCAUCAGUGUUAGGUCAAGCAAGGGUAGCCCCAACUUGAGAUUAAGUCAAGUUAGUUCGACUCAAUCAAAUUGUCUGUAGAAUCAUCUUCUCUGAUGACAUUUCAUUUGAUGACUUUUCAUAUUUUUUAAUGAUGUUUUUCUUUUCCAAUAAUUAUUCUUCUUCAUUUUUGGCAA